CAACCGCCGAUAAACAUCAAAGAAGACGAAGAAGUGAUUGCAUAUGUAGUUUUCACUUCUUGUGCCUGCGCAGAAGGACGUUAACGCAGCUGAGUUGCAUUGUGGCGUUAAAAAUUUUGGAGAUACAAGCAGCCAGGAGUAGCAGUGUUUUCUCACCCGUUGUGUUAUGGGAACAGGGUCAACAGCAGUGAGUCUGUUCCAGGUCUGAUCUGGAUUACUGGCUGGUUUGACUCAGAGACAAAACAACAGCCAUGGAAAUCCCUUUUAACGUUAGCAUCUAAAAACUGAAGCGGACGCUUGACAUUGAAAAGGGCUUUAUCAAUUUCUACGAAUACUUUGUUUUUUUUAUACUUCAGCACUGCCAAAGGUUCCAUCAUGGUGCAAAAGUAUCAGUCCCCUGUGAGGGUGUACAAACAUCCUUUUGAACUUGUCAUGGCAGCAUAUGAGAGGAGAUUUCCCACCUGUCAUCUGAUCCCCAUGUUUGUGGACAGUGAUGUGAUCAGUGAAGAGAACAGUGAAGAUGGUUCAUUUAAUAAGAUUGAGAGGAGGUGUAAACUUGAUGUGGAUGCACCAAGACUCCUUAAACGGAUUGCAGGUGUGGAUUAUGUCUACUUCAUUCAGAAAAACUCUCUGAAUCACAGAGAAAGAACUCUUUGUAUUGAAUCGCACAAUGAAACCUUCUCUAACAGAGUUGUCAUCCAUGAACUUUGCUGUUACUCGGUUCAUCCAGAAAAUGAAGAAUGGACAUGCUUUGAACAAUCUGCAAGUCUGGACAUCAAAUCUUUUUUUGGUUUUGAGAGCACUGUGGAGAAGAUAGCCAUGAAACAGUACGCUAGCAGCAUCAAAAAGAUUCCAAAAGAUGAGCAUAUCCUACGAUUUCUGCGUGCACGUGACUUCAACAUAGAUAAAGCACGUGAGAUCCUUUGUCAGAGUCUAACCUGGAGAAAGCAGCACCAAGUGGACUACCUACUUGAUACAUGGAGUUCCCCUCAGGUGUUGCAUGAUUUCUAUACUGGUGGUUGGCACCACCACGACAACGAUGGCCGGCCUUUGUAUAUCUUACGCCUGGGACAUAUGGACACCAAAGGGCUGGUUCGAGCACUUGGAGAAGAAUCCCUGCUCAGACAUGUGCUGUCUAUCAAUGAAGAGGGUCUAAGACGCUGUGAAGAGAACACCAAAGUGUUUGGUCGGCCAAUUAGUUGUUGGACAUGUCUUGUCGAUCUUGAGGGGCUCAAUAUGAGGCAUCUCUGGCGUCCUGCAGUCAAAGCUCUGCUAAGGAUUAUUGAGGUGGUGGAGGCCAAUUAUCCUGAGACUCUAGGCCGUCUUCUCAUCCUCAGAGCUCCCAGAGUUUUUCCUGUUCUGUGGACCUUGGUGAGCCCUUUCAUUGAUGAGAAUACGCGAAAGAAGUUUCUGAUCUAUGCAGGAAAUGACUAUCAGGGCUCUGGUGGUCUUGUGGACUACAUUGAUAAAGAGGUCAUCCCUGAUUUUCUUGGAGGAGAGUGUAUGUGUGAAGUGCCAGAGGGUGGGUUGGUGCCCAAAUCACUGUAUAGAACUGCAGAGGAAUUAGAAAAUGAUGAGAUUAGGCUGUGGACAGAGACCAUUUACCAAAGUGCCAGCAUCUUCAAAGGAGCACCACAUGAGCAACUAAUUGAGAUCAUCGAUGCCACCUCGGUUAUCACUUGGGACUUUGAUGUAUGUAAAGGUGAUGUGAUCUUCAAUAUUUAUCACUCUAAACAAGCUCCUCAGCCAGCAAGGAAAGAUCCGCUGGCUACCCAUGGCAUCACCUCUCCUGCAGGCAACAAUGUGCAGCUUAUAGAGAAAACCUGGUUGCUGGGUCAGGACUACAGCAUGGUGGAGUCAUCCCUUACCUGCAAAGAGGGAGAAAGUGUACAGGGUUCACAUGUGACGCGAUGGCCAGGCUUCUAUAUUUUGCAGUGGAAGUUCCACUCAAUGCCAGCAUGUGCUGCUACAAACCUAUCUCGAGUGGAUGACGUUCUGGCGACUCUGCAGGUUUCGUCUCACAAGUGUAAAGUUAUGUACUACACUGAGGUUCUUGGCUCUGAAGACUUCAGGGGCUCAAUGACCAGUCUGGAGUCCAGCCACAGUGGUUUCUCUCAGCUCAGUGCAGCCACCACAUCCUCAAGCCAAUCUCAGUCCAGCUCUAUGAUCUCCAGGUAGAAUGGUCUAAAAUGUAAAACCCAAGUGAUGGAGAGGACCCAAUUCUAAAUCAAGUCCAUUAAUACUAUUCUUCUGUCAUCUAUCUCAAUACUUUACCAUGUCAAAUGUCUAAGCUUACUUGCAUAUAUAUAUAUAUAUAUAUAUAUAUAUAUUCUUUAUUCUUGUAUGAAAUACCCCGCAUAUGGCACAUAUACUUACUGUAUGCAUACUGUAUAUGCACUUCAUUCUGCCAUAUCAUAAUUCAUUUAGGUCAGUAGGCGGGCUUCUGCAAUAACUUAGAACAAAAGGUUUAUUUGAAUUUUGGAGACUAGGUCAAGUCUUUUUGGGUGCUACAAGUUUCUUCGUUAUUAGACUUGCAGUUUGCACACAGCACGCAAUUGAGUGAUAGAGUCACAUUACAUUUUUAGUACUUAUUAUAACUAUAGCUAUCUUAAAUUUUCACAUUGUGGAAAUGCUUUCAUAUUGAACCUCAUACCUGCUUGAUCAGUUCCUAUGCAGUCAGCCUAUUAGUGCUUAAAUUGAAAUUUUUAAAUGGUAAUUUCUUAGGAGAGAUGAAUUGUAACUUUGUUGUAAAAAUUGUCAUUGCCUCAACAGAACAAGUUUCAAAAUAUACAGUUUUUGAAGCUGAUCAGUUUUUUUAUGGUUGUCAGUCUUUUUUUUUUUUUUUUUUUUUUAGGUUUAUGGUUUAUAUUACCAGAGACAUGAAAUGGAGUGAAGUUACAGAAUCCAGUGAAUUAUACACCUAAAGUUUAUUUGUUUAGGUUAGAAUGUCAUUCCAAAAUUAUAUAUAUAAAAAAAAAAAAACUUUUUCAU